AUGAAUUCUUUCACUUCAAAAUCCAAGCCAAAAACCGACGAUCAAACGCAUCGAACAUUGCCAAACCUGUUAUCGAAAGUCAAUCCCGUAGGGAAAUUAUUGCAAGGCAAAAAAUUAUGGAAAAGAGAUCAUGAGGGGAAUGGCGGAUAUACUACGAAACAGCCCGUAAUAGAAGCGAGGGACUCUCUGGAACGUGCUUUCAAGUUGGAUGUGCAAUCGCUAGAUCGAGGACGGCAUCUAACCGACACAUCUAAAUGGAACUACAGCACGGAUAUUGGUGUCGAAGCAGCCACUGGGGAAGGAAAACCAAGUAACUUCAGCCAACAACCUCUGUCACCUCUCUUCUCGCGCCUCCCUACCGAAAUCAGGGAGGUCAUCUGGGAUCUCGUGUUGUGCUCGAACGAGCGAAUUGACUUCUUCCUCCGGAAGACAGAAAGCGGAUCCAUCGAUCUUCGGGGAAUGGCGUGCAAGGACCCUGAGAACGGCUCUCCAUACCAUAAAUGCACGCGCGAGGAGAGAACGGAGUCAUCGCAAGUUGCGUUUAAUGCCGUCCUUCGCUGUUGCAAACUUGCGUUCGUGUUGCCCCUCCGCCGAUGA